GAGAGUCAUUUUCUAAAGACUAAGCCCAAUUGUGAAUUUCCCAUCUAACCCAUUUCCCCAUUGUUACACGCGUGCUCCGGAGUUCGUCUAUUCUUUUCCUCCGGCGACCCAUAUAUACCGCCACCUUGCCUUCCUUCCAUGAAUUAUUCCUUUUUCGUCUCUUUGCCGCCAUUCUUGUGUUCAGAGUGAUUGAUUGCGGUCGUCAACACACAGGCAAAAUACCCUGCAUGGUCUUCCUCUUCCUCAUCCGAGGGAGGUUGUUGAAAUAGAGGGCGAAAGGAAAAUUUAAGGGUAUUAUGCCUCGUUACCGUGGCGAGACUCCUGGUGUUCGAGUUUAUACAGUUUGCGAUGAAUCUAAGUACCUCGUUGUCAAGAAUGUUCCAGCAUUGGGUUGUGGUGAUGAAUUGUUGAGACUUUUCUCAACAUAUGGGCAGAUUGAAGAAUGCAAACCAAUGGAUGCUGAAGAUUGUGAGCCCUUUACCGAUGUUUACUGGAUUAAGUUUCAUCAGGUUGACAAUGCUAGGUUUGCUAAAAGGAAGUUGGAUGAGUUUGUUUUUCUGGGGAACAGGCUGCAGAUUUCAUAUGCACCUCAUUUCGAGAGCUUGUCCGAUACCAAGGAGAAAUUAGAAGGGAGGAGAAACGAAGUUCCUGCACGGUUGAAACCUAGGAGCUCCAAUGCCUCUGCAGCGUAUGGUCAUGGGCCAUCAGCUAGAGACCAGUCAUUGGGGUUGCAACAACGGGAAUUUGGAGACUCUCAUUACACUGCUAGAAGUGGAGGUUCUGCUUCCGUGACUCAUGUUUCUUCUGACAAGGAGUAUUUCCCAUUGGAAUCUAUGAAUCAAACAGUUCGCCUGGUUAGAGAGAAACUUAAUGAGAUACAAUCAAGCGCUGACAAUUCAGAAGUUCAGUCGUCUAAAAGACCACGUGUUGACAAUAGGCGGAGAAUCUAAUGUUCUUGAAAGAGUUCUGUCCUAUGUCCGAGCUCAGGUGAUAUCAUGAUGUGGGACAAAUUUGUUUAAUAUUUACUUCUUUGGUAGGAUCCUCGUGACUGCUGUAGAGAUGUGAAAUUGCAUUUGGAGGUCAACAAAUGUAGAUCUGCUGGUCCUCUUUAGGAAAAGGACAAAGGGCUGCAACAAUUCUAAGUUGCUAAGGGCUUCGACCUUUUUCUCCUGUUUAAGUUGAAAUCUUUUAAAUCAUUGGAAAUCUCUCCAUUACCAUUGAUGUUUUGUUAUGUUGGUGGACAUGGGUGAGGAUGGGGAAGGGGCCACUCAUAUACGUGCAAAGUCCUUUAUAAUCAUAAGAAGUCCCUCGACUGGGAGUGUGGGGGAACUUUGCUGCUUACUUCUUUUUGUACUUUGUAAAAUAUAUUGAGAGGUCAGGAUAAGAGAUCUCCGAAAGUCUGGCAAAACAAACUUUCUGAGUUGCAAAACAAAUUUGUUAACUGUGGAUGGUAUCGAGGAAAAAGUAAUAGUACAUGCGUAGAAUGGGACUUCACAAGCAGGAGAAAGGUGAUGGCGCUUCAACAGGAAGCCCUGCAUAUGUUUCACAGAAAGAGAAGCCCUGCAUAUGUUUCAAAGAAAGAGAAGCCAAAAAACCUUAAGGAGAAGUGCACAAGGAAGAAUGCAUAGAAGGUCCUAACUGCCAAGACACAAACCAAGAAGGCAACAUGUUCCUUCCUUUUCUGGCAGUCAACCAAAAUGAACUGGAAUAAGGAGAUUUUGUUGGAAGAAUUGCCUGAAAUCAACAACUGAACUCUUGAUGUGCUCAUCGGACCCGGUUACAUGGAAGGUUAUGCUUAGCAGAAGGAAAAGUUGGAAUGAUUAAAGCUGCAAAAGCAAUCAGGCAUGUGACAAGGAAUCGAUGGAACACGAGCUCUGGUGGUAGACAAUCCCAGGGGAUUUUGCCGUUUGUCUGCAAUUUGUUCUGUUGGCCAUGUGGGCUGCUAACGAACCAAAAGUUCCGCUAGUCUUAAUUGCUACCAACCAAAGCUCGAUAUCAAUACAGUUUACUUUUGCGUUCGAAUACAUAAAUUUGGCAUUGCUCGUAAUCGAGCUUAAUGCUGAUGUUACAUUUCUGUACACAAUCAUUUGGUUAGACAGUUUGAGCACAACUUCAAGGAGUCCUUAAAGUUCUACA